AUGAACAUUUCAACACUGUUUCUUUUUGCGCAAGACACUACUGACCAUCAAGCUCAAAUACAACCUACAUAUCAAUUGUCAGAAUCAUAUAAACCAAAAUCUGCAAAAAAUACUACUGAUGAAAUUCUUAAUAAGUCUGCAACUUCAAGCAAUAAAAUAGUUGAUUCUCCUGAAAUUACUAAGGCAGAAAAAAUACACAAACUUCUUGAUAAUUAUAAAGCUUCAUUAGAUGAAAUGGACUUAAAUUACAAAUCCAAUAUUAAUAGAAUAGUGAAUAGAAUUGCUGAAAGACUUGAGCAAAGGAGACUUGAUAAGGAAAUUGCUAGUAUUUCUGGUGGAAUUAAUACUCUAAAUAUUAACAAUCCUGUUCCUGGUCCUAUAGAUACUUCUAAUUUGAUACAUGAAAUUGCAACUGAUGAUGAUGAAUAUACUCUCCGAUUUGAAAAUAAAGGACUAUCAAUUGAUAAAAAUUCGAUUAAAAUUAUUCACAAAUUAAUUAUAGAAGAAUUGACUUGUUUGGGGUUAUUGCAAAGUGAAGGCUCUUAUACACCAUCUCUGUCAAAAGAAACUUCUAAGCCUAGUGAAUUCAUAAUGCCACAAAUUUUCAAUAAUUCUAUGGAUAUUGAUCUUGUAAGGAUUGAAAAUGCCAAAGAUUUAACUGCUAUAGAGGGACAGAUAGAGGGAGGAUCAUUAGAUAACUGUAUACGUGACAGCGUUCAUUGUCAACUUGUGAUAACAACACCAGAAGAACAAAACCAAUCCAGAUCUCGAUCUCGUUCACCAGUUCAAAAAAUAAAAAAUGGUUUACAUUUAAGCUUUUUUAAUAAUUCUUCAUCUAAACGAAAAUCACAAGUUGCUAAUCAACUAACCUCCGAACAAGAGAAUAAAAUCGAUCAGUUGAAAACAUUUUUGGAGGGGAUCGGGUCACCGUUGGAAAAUGAACAACUUCAAAAAUUAUUGAAAGCUAACAACUGGGAUGUUUCCGAGGUAGCAAAUUACUAUAAAAGCUUGGCGGAUGCAGAAGAAGGUUUAAUAGCUGAUGUUAAAAAGGGUGUUAUAAUGACUGGCUCGGAAAAUGAUCGUUCGACUAGUUGUUAUAUAGAUAGUCUUUUAUUUGCCAUGUUUGCCAGAAUACAAUCAUUUGAUGGAUUGCUUUAUAUGCAAGCAGGAGAAACCAAUGCUAAAAUAUUACAAACUCAUUUGAGAUUGUUUGUAAAUAGGCUUCGUACUGGUGAACUUAUCAAUGAAUACAUGGUCAAGGUUAGUAGUAAUAUCAGAAUGAUUGAUGAUUAUGGAAGACCAACACAAGAAGAUUCCAGCGAAUUGUUUUUAUUUCUAUCAUAUCUUUACGAACUACCGUAUCUUCCAUUGGAGAUGCACUUGAUUCAUGGGGCAAAAAGAGAUCCAAUGGACGAAAGAGUUGUAACAGAACGUAUGAUUCAGAUUGCUAUACCAGGUGAACCAAAAGAUGAGACACCGGUAACACUCGAGGAAGCAUUGAAAGCACACUUUUAUGAUAAUUCUAUAUCUGGUAUUAAACGAAAGCUUUUACCUGAGGAAAAUGUCGAUUUAGCAGGGGAUGAAAAAACAAAAGGAAAAAUACAAUUAAGUAUCGAACAAUCAGAAAUUCCUGUUACCGCUUGGCAAGUUUUAAAACUUUUGCCUUUUUAUUCUGCUAGUAAUGAACAAGAUGAAAGAAUAAAGGUUGAUCAAUCAUAUUUUCCUACCACAAAUCUAUUAUUACCACUCGUAUUAAAACGAUAUGGAUUUAAUGAAAGUCUAAGGCCUUUUCGAAUAAAGAAAAAUGUUUACAUUCCACCUUUCGCCAAUUUCAAUUUGUUUGUCAAUUCCGAUGCAGCUGACGAACAACCUUAUAAGUAUGGAAUAGAUAAUAUACAUUAUAAAUUAAAGUUGAGAUCUGUGGUUUGUCAUUAUGGUGAAUCACUUUAUUCUGGUCACUACAAAGGAUUUACUCUAGAUGAUAUUCUGAAUCCUGAUGAAGUAGAUGAGGAUAAAAUAACAGAGCAUGAUUAUUACGUGGCACAAAAUCUACAACAAAUAGAAUUUUUAGAUGGAAAAAAUAAAUGUGUUUUGCAAUAA